UGAGAGGGGAAAGGGCUGAAAGGUAAUGUAAACAUAAACAUCACACAUGCCUCCAGAGUUGUGCCGUCUUUGCGAGCGGCCUGCGGCCGACGGCGGCCUUCGGGCGACAGAGUUGGACUUGGAAAAGCUGACCAAGUGGUGUUUGGUCAACUUGGGCACAACUUUGACCGGCGGAGUGAAGGGCGACGACCUCUUUUGCUGUUUCUGCGUUUGGGACGCAAAAUUUCAAUUUGAGAAUGAAGCUCAAAAUAAUGAUCUUCAAUGGUGGACGCAGUUUGAUACCGGAAAAGAUAGGAUUCUGUUCGAAGCAUCCUCGAAGGGGCUUGUGCAACAGAGUUGGGUGUCAUUGGAGAAGAUAAAACUAAACAAUGAAAAGGGCGAAGAAUCAAAUUUGAAUCAGGAUCGCGGCUCUGGAAAAAAAUGUGUUUACUGUAAUAAGAAUAUUAGAAGCAUGUAUCAUCAUAUAAAUACUUGGCAUGCAGAUAUUGCAAUCAAAUGCAACUUCCAUAGAAAUUGUGCCAAUUAUUUUAAAAGCUACAAUCUUAGAGAUGCCCACAUUAAACAGGUUCAUUUAAAGCCAAAAGUAAAAAGAAUCAUGGACUGCAUUUACUGCUCGAAAAAGAACUUGAAGCUGAGAGAUUUAUACAUGCACAUGCGAGAAAAUCAUUCCGAAAUUGCCAUUAGGUGUAAAGUUCCGUAUUGUGUAUCAUAUUUUUUAUCAAAGGUCGAGUUGGAAGUUCACAUGCAAGAAAAGCACAGAAAUUUAAAUAAAAACCAUAAAUUUAAAUGUUCAGAGUGUGCGUUCAAAGCUCCAUGUAACGUCACUUUGUCUAAUCAUUUGGCCACGGUGCACCAAAUAGGGGUAAAAUUAAUUCAGUGUGAAAAGUGCCCUUCGACUUUUGUAAGCGAUCUUGGCUACAGAAAUCAUGUUUAUUCCAGACAUAAUUUUAAAAAAUGCUUUCAUUGCAAUACAGAAGUUUUAGGGCUGUCUUUUGAUCAACAUACUACUGCGGUUGAAUGCUUGAAAUGUGAGCUUAAUUUUAACUGCCGUGGUUUGCUCAAGAUUCACAAACAGGAACACCACAGCCGUAAUUUCAAAGUUUUGUCUCAGAAUUCUCAAUAUUUGUUUAGAAGGUACAAACGAAAAAUGUUCAAGUGUGUUGUUGACAAAGGUAACAGGAAAAUAUUUCAGUGUAAACUCUGCCCCUCCUCUUUUUUGACCGUUAAUGGUCAUCAAAGGCACGUUCAAAGUAUUCACCUCAGUCAUAUAUACAGGUGUGACCACUGCAGUGCAGAAUAUUGGCACAGUUAUAAUAUGAAAAAUCACCUUUCGAUGAAGCACAACCUCAUUGACAAAAAGUACAAGUGUGAAAAGUGUAAUUUGAGUUUUUUCAUGUUUAAGAAUUUCAGGGAACACCAGCAAAAGACAAAAUUUAACUGCGAGAAUAAAGUUAAAUGUGAAAUGUGCAAUGAAUUGAUUUAUCGACCAUCUCUGCCCACACACAUGUUCAUUAAACAUGGCAUUUCCAAAGCAUCGUGAGCUAUUUAAAUUUUAAAUUGAAAAUUUGUGUUUCAUCAAAAAAUUGUAAUCAAUCACAGUGAAAUUUGCGAGCCAAUAAAUUUCAAUACAAAAAUCAUUUGUACAUAACAUGACUGUGUGUAAUAAAUAUCUGAUGAAGUAGGAAAUUUUAUGC